UAAAGUCACUGAUAACUGGACCGUGAAAUUACAAAAAAGUUACAUAAAAAAAUUAAAAAGCUGAAAGUUUACACUACAUGCAAUAUUGGUUAUUGAUCUGUGCCAUUAUGAAUUGUCUGGAAUCAAUAUAAAACGGUUAAAUAUGGAUAUGUCAAUUUCAAAGCACUCCCUGAAGGUCUGUCGAAUCGUUUGAUUAUUUUUGUAUUUGACAUAUCGCAUCAGACAAACUAUCUAACGGGCUAUUGUUCUUUAACACGAUUCCAUAUGUUUAAGUUCCCAUUUGUUUCGUUUUUCUUUUUGGUUGUUAUUGUAGACUACCUCACCGUGACGUGUUUAUUUGUUUAAAUUUGAAUUUAAAUGGACUUUUCUCAAGUCUCUUUAUCAAACUUAAAAAAGUAUUGGAUUAAUGCAUGAUUGUACACACAUCAUGACUUACAAGAAACAAUUGAUGCUAUAUCAAAUGACUAUUAACUAUCCGCAGCUAGUUUUAGUAUUGACAGGUUUUGCAUCAUAUUCUACCUUUUUCUCUCCUCUGUGAUCGUGAACCAAUCAUUAGUUGGCUGCAGGGACUUAACUAACGCCCGUAUUUUCUUCAUAAUGCGAUAAAAUAUAGGACCUAUGCUGCUUUCCGUUUGAAGGUUUUCGUGAAUUUAGAACCUAACGGAAAUUAAUUAUCAUAAGAUGACAAAGUUUACGGCCAUUUUCGUUCUCCUGUCCAUCCACGGUUCUGAAGCAGGGAUCUACAGCUUAUUUACGCCGGCGUCACGAUUGUCUGGAUUCAUCAUGGAAAAAAUUUCUCCGAUUGGAAUGGAUAUGUGUGUUAGAGAAUGUUCGAAAAGGGUUUCCUGCGCUUCUGUUAAUUUCCACCGCGGAAGAUUAGAGUGUGAGUUGUCAUAUAGUGACGUCACAGCAAAUCCAUAUAACAUGACGUCAGAUUCCGAAUUUAUCUACAUGGGAAGGAACCAAAUACCACAAGAGUAUUUCGACGCUUGUAGUGUAUCGUGUUCCACAAGACGGCGUUGCGUCACUGCGUCAACUGGACACAAAUGCGUCCAGUCAGACUGCCCUACUGAUCAUCCGGACUCAAAUUCCACAGGGGUCAAGGUCACAUCCACCAAGAUCGGGACAGUCCUAACUUACACGUGCAACUCGGAUCCUUCAAUAACCUUGACCUCUAAAUGCAGAGGUGAUGGAACUUGGACAUCCUCUGCUACUUCGUGCAUCGUGUCACUGCCGGAAUUACCUGACUGCUUCAAUACUACAACCUCAUGCUGGGUCCAGCAUAACUUCACUUAUGACAACACCUGGGACGGAUGUACCGGGGGAACUCGUUAUGUCCGGAGAACUCAGUAUCCUUCCGCACCGUAUGUGGGCGUGGUCCUGUGUAGUCCUACCAGAUACAAAAUUUUGUUGGGGCCUGCUCUCACUGAUACAUUCCUCAAUGUUGGUGAUGGUUCUGGAUCAGGGGCGGAUCACUGUGAACUUGUAGGCGGCCUGGAGGCUGAUGCAGUGAUGGCAAAUGAUUAUACAACAGCCCCAGCUCUUACAGGAUAUUACCGUUCAAGCUGGGGCCAGGCUUUCACUAUUGGGUUAAUUGGCUACUCGGAAACAUCUUAUUUCUAUAAUUCGUGGCAAGAAUGUGGAGUGACUAUUCCACCGCCAUCAGAACCUGCCUGUUUCAACACUACGACAUCAUGUUGGUAUGAGUAUAGUUUUGAUCAUGAUACUGCGUGGAACGGAUGUACAGGCGGGAAGAGAUACGUCAUGAAGACCAAAUUUACUUCCGCUCCUAUUGUCGGAGUAGAACUUUGUAACUCAACAAGGUACCAGCUUUUCCUGGGAGCAAAUUUAACGGAUACGUUUCUGAACAUUGGUGAUGGGUCGGGCGAGGGGGCAGACCACUGUGAAUUGGUAGGGGGACUGGAGGUGAAUGCUGUACUCCCCGGGACUUACAGCAGCGCACCUGCACUCACGGGGUAUGCCCGUUCAUCCGUUGGCCAGGAAUUCAACAUACAAGCGAUUGCAGGAGGUUCAGGGUGGUACAGUAACCCGUGGUAUGAGUGUGGGGUCAAGAUACCCUGGCCACAGGAACCAGCCUGUAUGAGUGCCACGCCCCCUUGUUGGUACGCCCACAAUGUGUCAGUAGACAACAGCUUCAAUGGAUGUACUGGACAGAUACUUGUCAAGAGGACAAACUACACAUCGGCUCCUUAUCUCGCCGUGCAGCUGUGCAGUAGCACCAGGUACAAGUUAUUCCUUGGCUCUAGCUUAGGGGCUACCUUCAUGAACAUCGGGGACGGUAGUGGGUCGGGCGCGGAUCACUGUGAACUCGUGGAUGGGUCUGAAGCUAAUGCACUCGACGCAGGAAACUACGUGAGCUCCCCAUCAGUUGACGGCUACUAUAGGAACACGGCUGGCCAGGAGUUUAGUUACGGACCCAUAGGUUAUAUACAGUCAUCCUACUAUUUCCACAGCUUUUUGGAGUGUGGAGUGUCAAUUCCCGGAACAACUACCGUGGUCUAUGGAUAAUUCUAUAUAUAGACAUCACGCAAUUCGACAUCGGCAUUUCGUCAAUCCCAGAAUGUUUUUUUCGUGUGUGAAAGCUAUAGUCUCAUCACUGCUUGUAAAAUAAUUUAACGGGGAUUCUUUUUUACAGAUUAGUCAAUAUUAUUUAUCAAAUCAUAUUAUAUACAUUAACUUUAUAACUUUCGUAUAUAAUCGUUAAUUUUUAAUGUACAAGUCAGGUAUAUGCGUAAAACAUAUUCCUGAUGCAACGAUUUUGUCAUGUUUGUUAUUUUAUGCAAAUCAUUGCUAUACAGACUUGAUUAAAGCUUUAGAGCACUGUUGCCGCUUUCAGAUUAUCUCUUUUUGUUAUGAUAUCGCAUAUAGCGUCUAUCUUCAAGCAUCGAUUAACAAUCGUUUUCACAACGUAUCAGAUAUAAAUGUACCUAUUUGCUUGAUUUCGGGGGUUUUUUUUACUUUACAUAAUGUUAACUUGAAGUAAAAAGGAUAUAAUUCUUUUUAAAUAGAUCAGAAAAAAUGAGAUAAAUCAUCAAUAUCAAAUUAACUGUAAAGUUACUGUUAGUAAUGUUUUGUGUAUG